AUGGAGUCAGUACCUGAUCUAACAAAGUCAAUGUAUGUGGAUUUUAAUGGAUACCCUUGUGUUAGAUUACUCAAUCUUACUGGUGAAAUUGGUUGUUCAAAUCCUGGGCGAGAUAAGGUAGUUGCUCCUGUUGUAAGAUACAAGAAUGUUAAUGAAAUUAGUAAGCCUUCUGCGGUUUUGGUGUCCUUAGAUGAAUUUCUAGAACUUUUUGACAGCAAAUGUUUCUCUCUGUCUCAGGAUUCUCUCCAGAUCAAAAGUUCCCAGAAGCUGAAUUUGCGCCUUAUAAAAGCAUCAACUAUAAGUGGAACCCAAUUGUAUGCUAUGUUUCAACCAAAGCUCCUUAAAGGAUCUGGUAUGAUGUGGAGAGCUUAUAAUUUUCCUGUAUUCUUACUCAGUGAGGAUGGUACACAGUUGGUGCAGGAGGUUGCCAUGAAGAAUGAGAAGAAAAAGAAUGAUUAUACAGAAGAUGUGGUUGAGUUUGAUUCUGUGAUGCAGACAACAAAAUCAGGGACCCAUGAUUCAGAAUCCUGUUUACAAGAACAGACUUGUUUUCCAUUAGGUGGAUACAGUGUUUGGUCGUCACUUCCACCAAUUAAUGAUUCAUCCUCAAAUCAAUCCAAGCCAAUUUUAUUAACUGUGGCAUCUAUGGAUUCUGCUUCAUUUUUCCGUGACAAAAGUUUAGGUGCCGAAUCCCCUAUUUCUGGACUGAUAUCAUUGCUGGCAGCUGUUGAUUCGCUUUCUCAUGUAAAUGGUCUGGAUGACUUUGGUAAACAGCUUGUCUUUUCAGUUUUCACAGGGGAGGCGUGGGGUUACCUUGGUAGCAGGAGAUUUUUAUUUGAACUAGAUUUACAAUCAGAUGCUGUUAAUGGGCUUAAUAGUAGUCUGAUUGAAACGGUCAUGGAAAUUGGAUCUGUUGGAAAAGGCUUCAGUAAAGGGAAUAGCACAUUUUUUGCUCACACAGCUGGGGUUUCAUCAGCCACCAGUGAAACAUUGAAUGCCUUAAAACGUGCUCGAGAUUCACUUGAAUCCAAGAACAUUAUGGUUUCAUCAGCAAGCACUUCAAAUCCUGGAAUACCCCCAUCAUCCUUGAUGGCAUUUCUUAAAAAGAACCCAUCGACUUCUGGGAUGGUAUUGGAAGAUUUUGAUACUGCUUUCGCUGAUAGGUUCUACCACAGUCACCUGGAUGAUAUGUCAAGUAUAAAUUCUUCAGCCAUAGUGGCAGCUGCUUCUCUUGUUGCCCGCACACUUUAUAUCCUUGCAAGUGACGACAAAAAUUUAAGCAGCACAGCUCUUGAUGCCAUCAAUGUCAACGCCUCUCUAGUUGAAGAACUGAUGGGUUGCCUAUUGGACUGCGAACCAGGAUUGUCUUGUGAGUUGGUGAAAAGUUAUAUAGUACCCACCAGUCAAUGCCCAAGCCAUUAUGUUGGAGUUAUCCUUGGGGAACCUUCAUCGAAUCCAUAUCUUGGAUAUGUUGAUGAUGUUUCCAGGUUUAUAUGGAAUUUUCUAGCUGAUAGAACUUCUAGUUCGAUGGAGAACGUGAGCUCUGAUUGUUCAAAAGAUUGCAGCAACAAAGGUGGUGUGUGCAUUAAGGCAGAGACGGAUGGGAAGGGAGUCUGCGCUAUUUCCACAACCAGGUAUGUACCAGCGUAUUCAACACGAUUGAACUAUGAAUCUGGAACUUGGAAUGUGUUGCCAUCAGAUUCAUCUGAUCCCAUGGGGAUGGUGGAUCCUAUCUGGACAGAGAGCAACUGGGACACGAUCGGGCUUCGGGUCUACACUGUGCAGGAUCCAACUUUUGAUCGUCUAGUUUUGCUGGCAGGUAUUGCCAUCACAGUCAUGGCUUACCUUGCAAUUGUGCUUACAAGAGCCUAUAUAGCGAAGGUCUUGAAGCGGGAUUGA